CAACGAACGUUGCUAUUAUUGUAUGGAGGAAUAGUUGUAUACUUCUUUAAAUGAGAAGGAUCAUAUAACUGAAAUCACGACAAAGCAUAGUUGUAGAAGUCAUGGCGUCGAAGUCGACGAAAGCGAGUGCAAAAAAGAAUAUAACGGAAAGCGAAGGUACAAAGAAAUCCACAGGCCCGUCACUGAAAAACGAGGACAAACUACAAAAAGAGUGUGAAGACUUGCGAGAACGCUUGCGAGUCGCUUCUGCACAAGUGGCUUACCUGAGAGAAAACUUGGACCCGUUAGCUUUCAGACAAGCCGCUGAGAUGACAUCGCAAGAUGCAAACCACCUGUACGACGAGGCAUUGAGAAGCGCUGAAGAAAUUAUCAAUAGGCAAAAACAUGAGCUGGAAGAGUUGAAGAGAAUCAAACAGAGUCAGGAAAAAGAGAUGGCUGGGAAAAAAGGAAACGAAAAGGACGGUUCAAAAGACGGGGAAAAUGCUACAUUGAAAGCAGAAAUAGAAAACCUAAAAGAACAAAUUAAAGAACUAACGACAAAAUUGUCAGACGCUGAAAGAAAUAACAGACAAGAGAUUGUUCAGCUAGAGUCAAAGAUAGAGAUUCUCAAGAAAGGGAGAGACAAUUUGAAGGAGAAAUUGAUACAUAUCAAUAGAAAAAUUCCUCAGUUCUUCUCGCAAAGGCCUGUCAAAGGUACUGCACCAGCUGUACCAGACUCUUCCACGGUUGUUGGUGUUCAAAAGGCAGCUGGUGAUCCAAACAUUUCCGAGCUAAGUGACGAAAACAGACCGACAAAACUAGCAGAAAACUUCUCAGAGAUAUAUGACAACGAGUGGACUGAUGCCUAUGAGGAUGCGGAGAACGAAGGCCUGGAUGAAAGGAAAGCAAUUCAAAAACUGCUUGGAAUACUUAUGGAUGUCGACGGCGGAUGCAGAUCAAUGGCCAACGAGUUUAAAAACAAUAUCAAGAGAGCGGCAUUGAGUUUAAGUGAAAACGGUAGCAACGUGAAAGAAACAAAGAUUGACGUCACACGCAACAAUCUUUUAAAAGAAAUACAGAAAAGCUUUGCCCCACUUCUCGUUGAGGAUGUGUACAGGAACCUGGUAAAGAAGAAUAAGCUAAAACUUCCAAAGAACACAGAGCGCUUUUACAGAAGUUGUAUGGAAUUGUGUUGGUUAAUGAGUGUCCAGGAUCCGCCCGUUGUUUUUGACACACCGAAGACAGGCGGGAAGUUUGACUCAGACAGAUAUAGAACAUACACAAAGAUGGGAAAACAACUGGAUUAUGUUGUUUGGCCUCCUAUGUUGCUUCACGCAGGUGGUCCUUUGUUGGCCAAGGGAGUAGCGCAAGGCAAAUAGAGUGGAACUGACUGAGUGUAGCUUUGAUUUCGGAUAUGUGAUUAAAAUGUGUUACACCUAUUGUAUUGAAUUGGCGUUUGUGAAAUAUCAGUAUUAUUUACGCCUACUGACAUAGCCGAUGACUGACUUUGGCCGCACCUCCAGUGUCACUGACAUGCUACACACCCUAAAAUGGCGCCGCCUAGAUCUCCGGCGCAUUGACUCCAUUCAAUCCCCAUUCAAGAUUUUCUAAUCCCUCUUACUAGACAAUCCCGCCAUUACCAUCCCUUAUCAUAUAGGUUAAUCUCUGCCAAAACUGACUACUACAAGUACUCCUUCUUCCCCAGGUCCAUAGUACUAUGGAAUAAUCUCCCCCUAGAUGUACUUCUUCUUCGAACCCUAGAACAGUUCAAUGCUGCUGUCAGCUCCAUUGAACACAGUUCACCAUAACCUGUUCUUCACUCCUAUCUUUAACCUUUUAAACCACUAACAAAUGUUUUCCCUUCCCUGUAUAUUUGUAUUUUGGCCGGAAUUCUUUUAACUUCUACUAACAAUCUUUGUGGCUUGACGCGCACAAAAAUGUCUACGUCCCUGUAAAGGGUUCGACAGUACAGGAAGAUAGCCAUGUCAGGCUGAAGUAUUCAAACGCUUUGAAUUUCACUCACCAUGAGUAAUUUAUAACUGUUUUAUAUGGGCUUGUGUAUGUUUCGUAACGGAUUUAGAUUUAAGUCAUGUUGUCAAAUAGCCUUCAAGAUAUCAGAUAAUCGUGUUCCUAAGUUUACGGAAUCACUCGAUUAGUGUUAUUAGAGAAGAAUAGGCCACAAACCUCUAAGUACUGCCGUUCUCAUAAAGAAAUAUCAGUUCUCAAUAUUUUAUUUAAAUUUCUCUGGUAAGAUUAAUUCAGUUGUCAGGCUGAAAACUAAUACUUGAAGUUAAACACAGCACUUCAACAUAUGAUUGCUUUUGCUUUUUACUUUAUUUUCUUUAUAUUUAGGCUAGGUCGGCCCAGGCUUAUGAAUACAAUUAGUUUUCUCUGGUUGUUUAAUGUUUGGACAAGUAUGAUGUUGAAAUUAAUCCCAUAGUGAUGACCUGAAGUUUUCACUAACCUUUCCUAGGUGGUAACUCUAAAACCAUUAUGUCAAUAAACAAGCUUUGCGUCUUU